GGCCUCGUGCGGCAGCCGUCGACGUUUUCGAACCUGCCGCCGACUUUCGACGAGACGCGGUUCUGGAUCUUGGACAGGAAGGUCCAGUACAUGCCUGGAGCCAUGUUGGAGAUGGGCGAGGGGGUCGGGGAGGUGGUGCUGUCCGUUGACGGCGUCGCCAAGUGGAAGGACAAGAAGCCAGACAAGGCCAUGCUCGCGAUGGGUGGUCCGCCUGCGAGCUCAGCCGACAGUGCGAGAGAGCAAGCGGCGGAAGGCGCGUCGGGCAGCGUGCCCCCAGAGCCCGCGACGGGGGAACCAGCCGCCAAGCCGACGCCGGUGACGCCACAGGAGGCGAGGCCAGCAAGCUGCCCCCCGGACGCCGCCGACGGUGAGGCCAGCGAAGCUGCUAGCGGCAAGGCGACGGAACGUGCGGCCGCGCUGCGCGGCAUGGUCCCUCGAGAGCUCCGCAGAGGGGCGAGCGGCCCGCGAGACGCGGUUGAGGAAGUGAAGCACUACAUCCAGGCUAUCAACAAGGCGUUCAAAGACAACAUGUUGAGCAGCGCAGACCUGACUCGCUCCACGGUCUUGUCCGAGCUGCGGCAUUUCGCGGCGAAGUGGCGACGCCUCGCGGCGUCCGACGCGCGCCAGUCGGACGUCGGCGAGGCGAUCCAGACGAUCCCGAAAGUCGUCGCGCACGGCCUCCUGAACGCCCCAGGGGCGUGGGAGGUGGCGCUCGACUUCGCUGCGCAGUUCAAG